AUGCUGCGCGCGGUGCGAGGGGGGCGCGCGUUGUGGGGGGGCUCCGGGAAGGGCAGCGGGGGGGCGAAGCUGGGCCGCACCCUGCGCACCGCCACCCCGCAGCGCUCCGACGUCUUCCGCGAGCUGGGGCUGAGGCUGUCCCACCUGGGGCAGACACUGCGGAGCCAGCUGCCAGAGUCAGAGGGGGCCUGGAACCCAUUGCACUCCCACCAGAACUGCCCCCCACCCCCAGAGCGAGCAGAUGUGGUGGUGGCAGGGGGGGGCGUGCUGGGCUGGUCGGUUGCCUACUGGCUGAAGACACUGGAGAACAGGCGGCAUGGCAUGCGGGUGGUGGUGGUGGAGCGAGACCCCACGUAUUCCCAGGCUUCCACUGUGCUGUCUGUGGGGGGCAUCCGGCAGCAAUUCUCCCUGCCUGAAAACAUCCGCCUGUCUCUGCAAUCUGCCGCCUUUCUCCGUACUAUCAACGAACACCUGUGGGUGCCCAACGAGCCCCCCAUCGACCUUCAGUUCCAGCCCUCGGGAUACCUUUUCUUGGCGUCUGAGCGUGGCGCUGCCACCCUGGAGGCUGGCGUCAAGGUGCAGAGGGAAGAGGGCGCCAAGGUGGUCCUGCUGUCCCCUAGUCAGCUGAAGGCCAAGUUCCCAUGGAUAAACACAGAGAAUGUGGCCGUGGCGUCCUACGGGCUGGAGAACGAGGGCUGGUUUGACCCUUGGUCCCUCCUCAACGCCUUCCGAAGGAAAGCCAUGUCCCUGGGCGUCUACAGCUGCGUCGGAGAGGUGACAUCUUUUGUGGUGGACACCGCAGACAACACACCAGGCAUGCUGCAGGGCGUUGGCCGUGUGAAAUAUGUUAAUGUGCGCCUUCCCGACAGCCCGGAGCAGCAGCCCGUCUCCUGUGCCAUUGUGGUGCUCGCCGCCGGCGCCUGGACUGGGAAACUGCUGGACUCGGCCACGGCCGGGCUGCGGGGCAGCCUCGCGUUGAGCCCCCUCCCCAUAGAGCCCCGCAAGAGGUACGUGUAUGUGUGGCACUGCCCUGGCGGGCCGGGCCUGGAGACGCCAUUCGUCAUUGACUCUUCGGGAGCCUAUUUCCGGCGCGAAGGCAUUGCUGGCAACUACCUGGGGAGCAUGAGCCCACUAGAGGGCCGUGAGCCGGACGCAGGAAACCUGGAGGUGGAUCACGACUUCUUCCAGGAGGAGGUGUGGCCGCGGCUGGCGCACCGCGUGCCCGCCUUCCAGACACUGAAGGUGAAGAGCGCGUGGGCUGGCUACUACGACUACAACACCUUCGACCAGAACGGAGUGCUGGGCUCACACCCGCAGCUGCGGAACGUCUUUGUGCUGGCGGGGUUCAGCGGGCACGGCCUGCAGCAGUCCCCUGCUGCUGGGAAGGCGGCUGCUGAGCUGCUGCUGCACGGCUCCUGCAUGGCUGUGGAUGUCAGCAGGCUGGCACCUGGGCGGCUGUGGGGCAGUGAGCCUCUGCUGGAGGCGGCCAUCGUUUGAGCGGGAGCACCACAGUGUGGGUGCUGGGGGUGGGGGGCAGUGCUGCUACGGUAAUAAAGGGAUGGAGUGUG